UCGACUUGGACUUUUUUCUUGCCCGCCUGCCUUUCUGGGACGUGUCGUCGAUGGUCACGUGGCUCCGGAAGACGGACAAGUUAUUUUGCACCGGGUCUUUGAGGGCUCCAACUUCAGACGUACACCUCCCCAUACCUCCCCACCGUCGACCUCGAAGAUGUCGUUGUUCGGGCGUGGCGCACCAACCCCUUCUGGGGCCGUCAAUCAAGAACGCAUUGAAAUGGCCAUCAACGAAAUCGAUAUGGUGUCUGACGUGUUCAACCGGAUCGUCUCGUGAGCCAUGUUGUAUGUACAGCAAUGUGUUGUCAACUCAAUCACCCUUUUCUCUAGUUCCUGCCACAGCAAGUGCAUCAGUCCACGAUACGCUGAAGGUGACCUUAACAAGGGGGAGAGCGUUUGCAUUGAUAGAUGUGUCGCCAAGUUUUUCGAAGUCAACAAAAAGGUCGGCGAAAAAAUGCAGAGCGCAGGGGCUAAUGCGCAGGCCACGGGUUCUACCAGUUUCUCACUAUGAUACCUAAGGCAUUGACAUGCUCACAUCCUACCAUG